AUGACGGCCGCGACAGAAAAGACCACGGUAGUCGUCCUCGCGACAGCCGAGAAGAACGCCGCCGACGAUGAAGUCAGUCAGAUAUGGCUCGAAGUACAGAACAGAGUCAUUCGCAUGGCAGGAGGAGACCCAUCGAAGAUUGACAAGCAGCUUGACAUUGAUGGAGUAAUGCGAUAUUUGGAACAGACUCAGGCAGCGGAUCAAAAAGCAGCCGACAAACAUGGCACCGUCAAGAAAGCGUUCAACAGAACUUUGAAUUGUAUCUCGAAAGUUGGAGGUAUCAUUGCUGAUGGCGCUUCAUAUGCCUUCGCCCCGGCAAACACCUGUUUCAACGCCCUCACGUUUGUGAUUGGGGCAUGGCAGUCAUACUCGGCGGUUUUCGAAAGUCUCGCGGAACUGCUUGAGAAGUGUGCCCAGUUUCUCGAGCGUCUGCCAUACUAUGAUGGAAUGGAUGCUUCUCUGAGAAAAGUGGCUUGCUGUCAACUCAAACUUUUCAUCGACGUUUGCGAUCGCACUCUUCAGCUCAAGCCGAAAAGACGCAAGAUCGAGAUGUUUUUCCGCCAACUUUUCCUGGAUGACGAUUUCAUCAAGGACCUUCUCGGUCAGAUGGAGAACUUGACCGCUAGAGAGCAUAGACUCGUUUCUGCUCAAUCGCUCAAAGCUGGCCAAGACGCUGCCAAAGCUUCGAAAGAGAGUGUAGUCAAACUUGACACUCUCAUUGAGAGCAGUGUGGCGCAGAAGCAAGACAAGUUAGACCAACAUUUCAAAAGCAAGGUUCAAGAAGUUUUCUUCGGCAAAAACGCAAAAGACUUCGACACGUGGGAUGCCGCGUUACGCAAGAACAAGAGCUUGCUUCUCAAUGGCACUGGGGAAUGGUUGGACGAUGAUGCUCUAUUCACCUCGUGGAUGACGGGCAGCAACGAAGCGAGUCCGAUCCUCGGGAUUGAGGGUGGGGAGGGCUCUGGGAAAACCCUUUUGGCAACUCAUAUCAUUAGUCGACUACAGAAAUACAGACAGUCGAAUAAUUCGAAGAGCAGGUCGGCAAUUGCGUACUACUUUCUCGAGGAAGAUUCCAAGGACAACUCCAAGGCCACAUUCAAGAAAAAGCAUGUCGCCGAAGUGGUGUCGAAAAGUGUCCUAUGGCAGUUGGCUCAGAUGGAGCUUCCGUACCUCAAGUCCAUUGCUGGAAUCUGCGACAAGGUGAAUACCGAGGAUCCAUCGGACAUCUGGAACAAACUAUUGCUAGAUAACGAAGACCGCCCGGGCAUCGAGAGCACGUUCUUCAUCGUCAUAGAUGGACUUGGCGACAACAUCGAUGGGCUCGCUGGUCUUUUACAGAGAAUUUCAGCUGAAUCACCUCGUCUGCGCACGCGUGUGAUUGUUACGGGCAACCAACGUACUUUUGACGUGCUUGAGGAAGCGGGAGACAUGAGGGUCACCAGAAUGAAACUCGGUUUCCGAAACUCCAUUGACAUUGAGCUAUACAUCAUAGCCAGAAUGGACGCAAUGGAAACAUUGAAUGACGCCAGUAGGGCCGGUGUUGCCGAGACUAGAACGAUGAUUCUAUCAAGGCUCACAUUUGCGACCUCCGGCGACUAUUACAUCACGAACUCUGCACUAAGCACCAUUGAGGGUGUCGACUCUUUGUCCGAAAUUGAACAAUGCCUGAACGAAGUUGGCAGCGCCAGACCCAAGCAGAUUCUUGCCGACAUCAAAAAGCUCCACUUGACGCUGAAGUCAGCCGAGAUCGACGAAGUCAAUGAAAUAAUUAUAUGGGUAAAAUGGGCAAGGAGAUGGAUGUCUCCUCUCCAAUUGGAAGCUGCCAUCCGAUUGAAUUUGAAUUUGGAGGCUUCCAGUCAGGUCUCCCUCCGAUCUUUGGAGUCUAAGAUCCGGGAAAAGUAUUCUCUGUUAUUCAAAAUUGAAGAAAACCGGGACGUAUCCUUCAGUGCGGAAGAAAUAGGCGAGAUCAUACCUGUGAAGAGGUAUCAAUCAAGUGGCACAGACUACGGCAGCGAAGAGCAGAUCUCACCUGCGGAGAUCAAAAUCGUCAAACAUUACCUAUCGACGGUCUGCCCAUCAGAUGUCUACGAUAAAUUUGGGUUCGAAGAGUUCUUUUCUCAGAAACUAGAACGCAAGACCAAGUAUAUCUGCCAGGAUCCCGAUAACUCUCAUCUUAUCCUUGCGAUGAGGUGCCUGCACGGCAUAUUGGAUGGACGGUCUAACAUGACACCUGGAGCAGUCAAGUUCCGAACCUACGCCUCAGAUUGGCUGUUCGAUCACUUAGAAGAGACUGACCUCUCCCGGGCUGAUCGCGAUCUCAAAGCGCAAGCCGGAGAGCUUUUGGCUCGCCUGUUCACGGAGGAAUCUGCCAUCAAGACUCUCCUUUCAAGAGACUAUGGCCCUGAUAUGGAUGCGCUGUGCGUCAUAAGCGAUAUCUUGAUGCCUGGGAACUGGAGAACUUGGGUAUUCUCAAACAGGGGCGCAAAUCUCAUGAGCAAGUGGUCUGACGACUCAAUGGUUAUGUCAAAGAUUCGAGACCGAGAGAAUGCACUGAGCACGCUGGGCAAUUUCAGUGGAAUUGGUGGGACGAGCUGGUACGAAACAGCAGCAAGAGUGAUUGUCAAGGAACUGCUCGAGGUAACUCAUUAUCAAAACACCAUGGCCGAUGCGUUCAGUUUGCUCUUUGGGCUUGUUAAACGGGUAAGAAUUCCCAACCCUAUCAGAGAUCUCGAGCCAGAAAUCACCAGGAAACAAGAGGGCUGA